CCAGUCUUUGCAUUGUCACGUGAGAGAGCCAGGAAGUGCAACACAGGUUGUGUUUAUAAAUGAGCAUACAGCCGUAGCAAUACGAAUGAUGAUGUAAACACGUUAUUAUUGCAACAUUAAAUACGUGUCCUGGAGCGCACACUGUGGGGUUGCGGCGAUAAACUACUUUGCAGAAAGGAUGUUGCGAUGGCUUCUUGGCGGCCGAGAAGCACAGGGGCCUGUAGAGAAAACUACAGUGUUGUUCAUCGGAGAAGAACAACCGAAAAACUCUUACACGGAACUACAGGUGCUUAAAGGCCACUUUGACAUGGUUCGGUUUCUGGUGCGGAUUGAUGACUUCAGGUUUGCUUCAGCCGGGGAUGAUGGGAUUGUGUUGCUCUGGAAUGUUCAGACAGGAGAGAGGCUUCAUGAGCUGCGAGGUCACAGCCAGCAGAUAACCGCCAUCACCCGGUUUCAGAAGCACAGUGCGGAAUCGAGCUGCCCCAUGAUCCUCUCUGCCUCCUCGGACAGGUCCGUCAGUCUGUGGGAUGCAGAUACUGGGAGUCGUGUCCAGACUGUGACAGACUUGCACUCGUCUGUGAAGUGCCUGCUUGUUCUGGAAAGGCUUGAUUUGUGGCUGUCUGGAGGGAAUGUCCUGUGUGUCUGGAAUAGGAACUUUGAGCUUCUUUGUAAAACAGAGGUCUUUAAUGAUGCAGGAAUCACUGCCAUCAUAGAGCUGCCUAAGAACUGCAUUGCGGCGGCGAUGGACAAAGAACUAAUCAUAUACAGACUGAAGGUGCCAGCCUCUGAAUCGGAAAGCUGGGAGAUUCAGGAGGUCAAGAGACUUUCAGACCACCAGGACAGCGUCCGGGCUUUGAUCAGCGUGAAUGACCAGGCCUUUGCAAGCGGCUCUCAUGUGGGUGAGUUGAUAGUCUGGGAUUCCCUGGACUGGACCAUUCAGUCAUAUGAACGUGUUUUCGGGGACACUGCACAGGCGGACAUUCAGUCAGAAAUCAAACUACUAUCACCCAAGCAGAAUGAAAUGUCUGUACAACACCUGACUUCCGAUGGGGAGUACAUUAUUGCUGCCAUUGGAAGUGGUAUAUACGUCUACAGCCUGCUGACAAAGAAUGUGAUUGCGUACAGGAAAACCGCGCAUGACUCGGACGUGCUGCACACCUUGAAGCUACCCAAUGGUCAGCUGAUUUCCUGUUCAGAAGAUGGGAGUGUCCGUUUCUGGGUGCUGCAGGACCUCCCUCCCCCUGCUGAGCAUGCAUCCUCAGAUAUCCCUGCACAAAUCAAAGCACCAGGAGAUCCACCACAUCACUGUCUGAUGAGAAGGCUGAUACCGGGCACAAAUGAACCAGGAGAUCCACCACAUCACUGUCUGAUGAGAAGGCUGAUACCGGGCACACAUGAACCAGGAGAUCCACCACAUCACUGUCUGAUGAGAAGGCUGAUACCGGGCACACAUGAACCAGGAGAUCCACCACAUCACUGUCUGAUGAGAAGGCUGAUACCGGGCACACAUGAACCAGGAGAUCCACCACAUCACUGUCUGAUGAGAAGGCUGAUACCGGGCACAAAUGAACCAGGAGAUCCACCACAUCACUGUCUGAUGAGAAGGCUGAUACCGGGCACACAUGAACCAGGAGAUCCACCACAUCACUGUCUGAUGAGAAGGCUGAUGCAAGACUGUGGCAAAGUGGUUAGUAAGGAGAACAGGUGUAGCGGUGAUGCGGUGCAGGAGUGACAGGCAGACAACGGUAAUCCAGUGACAAAUGUUUUUAUUUAUUUUAAAUCCUGGUCUAGCGACCGUAAAUAAUAAGC